UUGCGAUGGGGUGACGGAGACGGGAACCGACUGGCGGGGCCGCGGCGGUGCUCGGGCCUGGGGCUUCCGCGAGACCCCGGUGUGAAGUGGCCGAGGCCCUGGGCAGGGUGGGAUCUCGGCCCCCGGAUGCCACCGCUGGUCCUCCUCUGGGCUGCUAGCUUAGUGACUUAGAGCCCUGCAAUCCUUGGGGGAGGGCUUGGCACCCAAGGGGGGAGGCCCCCCAGCGACUGUCACAGUCGUCGGUGUGAGACCCGCGGGACCUCCGUUCUCUCGUCUGUGACAUGGGGGUGGGGCAGCGACCCGCGAGGACGAGGUCGUCCCCAGAGCGAAUUGGUGCUUUGUGGGUGACGAUGGAGGCGGUGAGGUUUGGACGUCUCUGCAGGCGGCGGCAGGGCUAAACAGUCCCUAGAGGAAGGGUAGCCCUGUCCCUGGCACACCUUGUUCCAGGUGGGAGCAGAUGGGACACACCUGUCCUCUCCCUCCAGGUUUUGAGCUGAGUCGGAACCGGGUUUUGGUGGUUCUGCGGAGGGCAGGACAAGACACGUUCUAAGCUCAGCCAGACCCCCUCAGCGGCAGCCCUUGGGCCAUUUCCUUUCACGGCUCAGGCUGGACUGUCCCCCGUGAGAGGUGCAGGGUGGGUUGUGCGCUUCUCUGCCUCAGACUCCUCUUCCUUGGCUGUUCCUUUCUGAGGCUAAGCCUGAUUUCUGGGUGAAGCACUGUGGGGUGAAACUAGGGGUGGGGGAGGAGCUGGUGUGUUCGCAGAGUCAGGACUGCCCCCUAUGCCCGUGUGCUGGGGCAUCUGGCUGCCCCGCUAAAGAGGACAUGUGAUUUCCCCGCCUGUGGGGAGAGAAACCGCCACUGAGGUCAAAUGGCCGCACUGGUGUCUUCGUCUACUGAAAGAUGUUUUUUCCUGGAGAGCCUGCAUCUGGAGCAGAGCUGCUGGCAGAAUAGUGGUGUUCCUGCUAGGGGCUUGCCUUUCACUGUCUGGCCCAGAGCUUUCCAGGGAGAUCUGGGUGUGGCUCCUACGUGCUCCCCAUUCCCUUCUGGUUGUUGACCUUGAUGUUUGGCUUAGCAGUGACUGGGCUACUGGCGACUUGGAACCACAAGUGUAUUUAUCCUGCUGUCCCUAGGCAGGAGCGUGGCAUUGUACAGGGACUCAUCACUGGGAUAGCCAGCGUUUAAAUCAGAGCUGUCAGCAUCUCAAAAAUAUUAAAGUGGUAAGCUGACAUUUAUGGGGUGCUGACUAUGAGCUGGCCUUUGUCUCAGAAGUUUGUGUUAGUGAUUUGGUCUUUCUGACACCUCUGCUGUUAUAAUCUGCAUUUGACAUGUGAGAACCUGGAAGCAGAGAAGAUUUAGGCAUUUGCACAAGGUCCUGGGGAGGAGCUGGCAGAGCUGGGACUUGUGUUAGACCUGUCGAUCUUAUUUCUAUGAGGUAACUAGGGUGAUCAGUCAGGUUCUGUUUGGGCUUCACGAGACAGAACCCUCCUUCCUAAUAGCAGUGUUGUGAAAUGGUUGAUUUCCAUCUCACUUGAAUGUAAACUGGUGAGCAGCUCAGGGCUCAGGUGAAGUCUUGUCACGUGACCAUCCUCAUAUGUGGCUUCUGUGUCACAUCCCAAAGUUGCUGUUCUUUCUUUAGCAGUUACACCUGCAUCCUAGACAGCCAGAGGAAGGAAGGGCUGGAGAGGCACAUCCCCUCCCUGUAAGAAUGACUCCUGGAAAUCUUGUGUGAUUGUUGUUUGCGUCCUGUUAUCAGCAUAUAGUCAUAUUACCCUGUCUAGCUGCAGAGUAGACUUGGAAAUCAUGUAACAAAUCAAAAGUUAGGACUCCCAAUUUAAGGAGACUGAGUGGGCACUGCAACAGCUCAGCCUCCUGCACUCUGGCCAUCCCAAGGAUGCACAGGAGGCACUGGGCAUCGGUGGCUGCCUCUGACUUUAGCACCUUUUGUGAUCCACCCAAAGUCAUCUGAUGGUGAGCUGAUUGCUCCUGUGUCCUCCUGGUGUCUUUCUGUUUGGACCCAGGUCCAGCUGUUGAUUAGUCCAGUUCCUGCCAACCUGGAAUGCUGGCCCAGCCCACACUCCCCAGGUUUGGAAUUUCUGCACAGAUUUUUUUUUUGGUACCAGGGAUGGAACUCGGGUUGUUGUGCUUGUGAGACAGGUGGCAGAACCACUGAGCUAAAUCCCUGGACCCCAGGUUUGGAAUUUCUGACCCUGGUGUGGAGGCCCAGCCUCCAUCAGCUGCGGUGAAGCAGCCUCUCCCAUCCCAGCUCUUCAGCCUGUUUGGGAGCCCUGGGCAGGGCCUCCCCCCUAGAGUCUAUUUCUUCCCCCUUUGAGGUGAAGGAGCAAGCAGGGUCAUGGAAUUGUCUCACAUGAUUAUGAAUUAUUUCAGUUUGUAAUAAGAUCAGUAGCCAUCAGCCUCAUGGAUUUAAAAAGCAUCUUUCCAGCUAGGUGUAGUGUGGUGACACAUCUGUGAUCCAAGCUGGUGAGGAAGCUGAGGCAGGAGGGUUCAAGGCCAGCCUAAGCAACUUAGUGCUCUUUGUCUUAAAAACCGAACACAGCAAAACAAAACAAAACAAAAACCUGAGGAUGGAGGUUGGCACCCCUGGGUUCAUUCCCCAGCACCACAAAAAGCUUCCCAUAAUAACAAUAUUAUCCAGAGCUUUUUGGCCUGUGUCUGUGACGUUAUUUGACCCACGUAUGUGAGGGGAAGCAGAGGCGGAGAGAAGCUGUGGAAUGCUGCCCAGCUACUUAAGUUCCUGCCCUGCCAGCACCCCUUCCUCCCUGCCAGAACCCUCAGCUCGUGUGUCUUGCCAUUUGCUGAGCCCCAGGGAGGGGACCAGGCAUUACUGAUCCUUGACUUCUGGCAGGUGCAGAGCCGAGGGGAGGGAGCCAGCCAGUGAGUUGGGUCAUUGCAGAGUUUAUGUUCAGGCCUGGAAUCCAGGCCGAGGACGCCAGUGCAGCCUGGAGUCUGGAUGUGAGCCCCCGUUCCCACGCAUGACCACGUCUUGAUGGCUGUAGUGCCCACCCUGAGCACUCUGACCAAUGCUGGGAGCUCUGUUAGGAAAGAGGCCCUUCCAGUGGAGGCCGGAAGUAGGACCCAGUUCCAAGAGGUGAGAUGCUAUGGAAUAUAAUGAGAAGCUGGCCCGGUUCCGGCAAGCCCACCUCAACCCCUUCAACAAGCAGCUUGGGGCAGGGCAGCAUGAGCAGGGAGCCGCUCAGGAGGCUCUGGAGAUCAGCUCUGAAGAGAUCCUGCCUGAGCUGCGCCCUGGGGAGCCUGAGUUCUGCUGCUCUGAGCGUGUGAUGGAUCUUGGCCUGUCUGAGGACCACUUCUCUCGCCCUGUGGGUCUGUUCCUGGCCUCUGAUGUCCAGCAGCUUCGGCAAGCGAUUGAGGAAUGUAAGCAGGUGAUUCUGGAGCUGCCUGAGCAGUCAGAGAGGCAGAAGGAUGCUGUGGUGAGGCUCAUCCACCUCCGGCUGAAGCUGCAGGAGCUGAAGGACCCCAAUGAGGAUGAGCCCAAUAUCCGAGUCCUCCUAGAGCACCGCUUCUACAAGGAGAAGAGCAAAAGUGUCAAGCAGACCUGUGACAAGUGCAACACCAUCAUCUGGGGGCUCAUUCAGACCUGGUACACCUGCACAGGCUGCUAUUACCGCUGCCACAGCAAGUGCUUGAACCUCAUCUCCAAGCCCUGUGUGAGCUCCAAGGUUAGCCACCAGGCCGAGUACGAGCUGAACAUCUGCCCCGAGACGGGGCUGGACAGCCAGGAUUACCGCUGUGCCGAGUGCCGGGCGCCCAUCUCUCUGCGGGGCGUGCCCAGUGAGGCCCGACAGUGUGACUACACGGGCCGGUACUACUGCAGCCACUGCCACUGGAACGACCUGGCUGUUAUCCCUGCACGCGUCGUGCACAACUGGGACUUCGAGCCGCGCAAGGUGUCUCGCUGCAGCAUGCGCUACCUGGCUCUGAUGGUGUCGAGGCCGGUGCUCCGGCUGCGGGAGAUCAACCCCCUGCUGUUCAACUAUGUGGAGGAGCUGGUGGAGAUCCGGAAGUUGCGCCAGGACAUCCUGCUCAUGAAGCCAUACUUCAUCACUUGCAAGGAGGCCAUGGAAGCCCGGCUGCUGCUGCAGCUCCAGGACCGACAGCAUUUUGUGGAGAACGACGAGAUGUACUCCAUCCAGGACCUGCUGGAUGUGCAUUUGGGCCGCCUUGGCUGCUCUCUCACCGAGAUCCACACGCUCUUUGCCAAGCAUAUCAAGCUGGACUGUGAGCGGUGCCAGGCCAAGGGCUUCGUGUGUGAGCUCUGCAGAGAGGGUGAUGUGCUGUUCCCAUUCGACAGCCACACAUCUGUGUGCACAGACUGCUCAGCCGUCUUCCACAGGGAUUGCUACUAUGACAACUCCACCACAUGCCCCAAGUGUGCCCGGCUCAACUUGAGGAAGCAGUCCCUCUUCCAGGAGCCUGGUCCAGACAUGGAUGCCUAGACUGCUGAGGAGAGCACCAGACCGCCUCUCCCCCACCACUGGGCAUGCACCCUGCCGGCAUUGCCAAAGAAAGUCGUUCAUUCUGUUCCAGAGACCCUUGGCACAUCCCCUGGACGGAAGAGAGGGCCACUGUUGCCUGGCUGCUUGCCGACCUCUGGGCAGGUGCCUGUGUGUGCUGCUUUGUGGGAUGCGGCCACGAUAGAAGCCCUUGAGAAGGGGGGCCUGGGUGACUCACCAAGGAAGGGAAGGAGGACUUCUCAUCUCCCCACGUCACAGCCCCUGCUCCUCGCCCUGGGCCCUGGAGAUGCCCCUGCUCCUGUCCAGGUCGCCCUGGCCACUGGUCAGGCUGAGAACCCUGAGGGCUUCAAAGGAGUGAUGAAUGAGACCUGAGGAAGCAUACACCCAGUCUCAGCCUGAGUUUUGUCUGCCGUGGUGGAUGGUUUUAAGCUUUGCCCAGAGGCUCCUGUUACUCCCAUUCCCUUUGGGGGAUUCUGGUGGUCCCUGUCUGAGAUGGUCACAGUUGUGUCCCAUGCACCUGCUCAGGCUUCUUGAGUUUCUUCUGAGUCCUCAGGCCAGCAGUCCAGUGGGUUUCCUGGUCCUUGUACAGUAGGCAGAGAAAGGGGCAUGGGAACUUGGCCAGCUGGACACCCCAGCUCUGGCUCCUGCUGUGGCCCAGCCCACCUUACCCUGGUGCUCUGAGCUGGGCAGCCAGGGGCUUUGACCGCACAAGUGUCUUAGCCUCCAGGUGCACAGCAGGAACAGUGUCCUUGGGGGAGGUUCCAGGUCAAGCAGGAAGAUUGGCUGCAGUAGGCCUGGAUGGCAUUUCUUGGGACCAAAGCUCUGUCUUGCUGCCACAGUGCCUAUGGAGGGGUUGGUUGGCUUGGAGAGAACCAACCAGUGGCUUUUGGGUUAGGUGUCUGGAAGUAUUUACCCAAGGCAGCCCUCAGCAGGAGGUCUGGAGCCCCUGCAGGAAGACCCGGCCCAGGAGGUACACAAGACCUGCAGGUCUUCAGUGGGGGCCAUGCCCAGCCCUGCUGUUUGCACUUUACAGAUGCCAUGGUGAGGGGGUGGGAAGGGAUGUUUCAGGCUCCCUAGGCUUUCAUCUCUGGACAGUGAAAGUUACAUCCGUCCCCUUCCCCCUUGCCCUGGACUUGGCUGUUGACACACACACAGAGGGCAGGGAGCAUCACCAUUUGGUUGUCCCUUGCUUUUGGCCAAGUCCAAGAUGAGUCACCUCCACCAUCAGGAAGCAGCUGAGUUCACUGGUCCAUUUGAGUAGAUGGAGCAUCACCUCCUUGCCUGUGCCAGGUGGUUUUAGGCAAGGCUCUUUUCUUUCUUGGUUUCCCCAUCUAGAAAAUGAGUGGUAUUGGCCUGGUGGAGGGGAGCACUGGCAGAGUCAUUUGAGGAGUGUGAAGUGAGGCUCAGUCAGCAGCUGACCUUGCUCUGCUUCCCCUUUCUCUGUAGCAUUGAAGAUGGGGUUAAAGCCAAAUGCCACUUUCUUUUCUUUCUUUCUUUUUUUUUCUUUAUCCUGGGGCUCAGGACCUUGCGCUUUUGAGGCAGGGGGCAGAACCACAGAGCUACAUCCCCGGCCCCAAAUGUCACUUUUCUUUACCCGUGAACUCCACAUUCUCACCACUGCAUCAUAUCUGUCAUCCAGACAGUGCCAUUCCUGAAUCCCAUGUAGUGGACAUUAUAUUAUCCCAUUUAAAAAUCACUGUGUCCACAGAAAAUGUUAGAUUGGUAUUUGUUGGACAAAGAGCACCCAAGACCUUCUCCCCCAGUACUUCUCUACCUGUUCCUUAUCGAUGACACAAUCUUCAAACAGAUUCAUGUGUGGGCCUUUCCAUCAGUCCACAGAAUUGUAGGAAGAACCUAGGCAGGAACCAAUCGGCAUGGCCAGCACCUUAUAGAAGAGCGUGCUGAAGGUAUCCCAAGGCACAGGAUACCAGCUGGCCAGAGGGAGGUCCCAUCAUAACAUUGCACAGUCUCCUCAUUAAACUUGUGCUCUCUGGACGCUGGUGUGUGGUGAAUCUGGAACAAGGCAGAGGUGGUUGACACAUGAGCCAGUGGUAGGCUUAGGGUUUGGAGUUAAGUGGCACUUACCAGUUGAUUGAGAAGCACUGAUGUUGGUGUCAGAUCAAAGCCUGCAUGGAUGAUGGGUAGAGUUGCUCGAUUUCUCUCUGCCUUCAUUCGGAUGAGAUGGGAUGACUACAUGGGCCUCUGGGAUUCCAGAAAGCAUUUAGCACUGUGCCUAGCAUCCAGAAAAUGGUUGGUAAAUAGAAGCUGCUUCUCUCUGGAGUCCUCUUGUUGGAAAGAUUGUCUCAUUAAUGUAAGUACCAUCAAGGUGGCCAGUCAUGCAGUCACCACAGAUUCACCAAUCACAAUCUAGAUACGACAGCAGAUGGAGACUCUGCCUGAGAGGAGCUGAGCACACAGCUGCUACUUGGGCUCUGUUGGAGCUCCCACAGAAGGGUGGCAGGAAGGCCUGUGGCUCUGUAGCUCUGUGGCUCUGUGGCUGGGGCGAGCUUCCAGGUAUAACUCAGUAGCUAAGGCUGUGCUUUAUAUAUUAGAUGAAGAAUGCAAUUUUGCCCCUUUUCAGGCCAUGAAAAUGUUUUGUUUCUUUUAGGGUUUGUAUUCUAGCAAAUUCAGUUUUAAAGCAAAGUCGUAAAAACAUCCCAAUUUGCCCAACUCCCGGCUUUAUAAAUGGUGACAUUUUGCCCCAUUUGCUUCAUUCUCUUUCCCCAAAUAUGUAUUUUUCGCUUAGUUGCAGAGAUGAGCUCCCUAUGGUACAAAAUACUUGUGUGCCCCUUUCUAUGUGUAUGUUUUUCUUUCAGUACCGGGGAUCAAACUCAGGACCUUGCACUUGCGAGGCAGGCGCGGUGCCACUGAGCUAAAUCCUCGGCCCUCCCUUUCUAAAUAUUGUAUAUCACUCCCAUGCCAGAGACCUUUCUCGUCAGGCCACAGUGCAAGUGUCAAAGGAAAUUAGCGCUGACACAGUACUAUAAAACCUGCAGCAAAUAUUUGGAUCUAGCAAGUUUUUCAAAUCUCCCCCAAAUUCAUUACAUUCAGUUGCCCCAUGUCUUUAUGUGUUUUAGUUUGUUGUAUGGGGGAUUGGACCCAAAGCCUUCACACACAUAUCCCUCGCUCUUUUUUAUUUUGAGGUGGUUUUGCUAAGUCGCAAAGUUGCCCAGGCUGGACUGGAAUUUGUGAUCCUCCUGCUUCAGCCUCUCAGAGUGCUGGAUUUACAGGGAUGUGCCACCAAGCCCCAUUUAGUUUUUCUUAAUUUGACAAAACACUGGUAUUUUUGAAAAAACUAGUGCUAGAAAUUGAACCCAGGAGCCUCACAAGUGCUAGGCAAGUGUUCUACCACUGAGCUACAUCCCCAGCCCCCAAAAUAAUUAUUUUGACGAAUGCCCCUUCCCCAACUCCAUUUGGGCUUGUCCCAUAGAUUCAAGCUUUGCCCUUCUGGCAGUACUUUGAGAGCAGUGAUGUGAAGUCCUCCUUGGUGUGCCCAGGAAGUGCACAAAGUUGCUUUGUUCUGUUGCUCUUACGUGGCCAAGCUGGUGUGCCAGGUCUCUAUUACUGAAUAGGAAUACCAUUUAUUCCUGUCAUUAAGUGAAUUGUGGGGACUGUGUAAAUAGUUAUUGCUCAAACUUCCACUGAUGGCGCUUGUCUAAUUUGAUUAUUAUGCCAAAUGGGGAUUGACUAAUUCUUUUUUUUUUUGGUACCGGGGAUCAAACUUGGGACCUUGUGCUUGCAAGGUGGGCGGCGGCACCACUGAGCUAAAUCCCUGGCUGGCUGGCCUGGGGAUUGACUAAUUCUAUACUCCAUCUGCAUUUCUUUGUUGACAAUUAUAUGGAAGUUUUCCCUUCUGUAGCUAUUGACUCAAGUUCCUAUUUUACUCAACGGGUUAUCUACUCAUUUUGAUGCCCACUGGAAGCCUUCAACCUGUUUCCUGCAUUGUCCUGGUACGUCCCUCUCAUUCUUUAGGUGCUUGCAUACUUUCUAGUAUUUAUUGCAAGGAGUCCUGACCCUUAAAUCAGCCAUUUCUCCAAGGAGCUGUUUGCUUUUAUGGAUAAUGCUAUUAGUAACUGAGAUGUGGAUACUGGGUAUGCUCAUUGGUACUGGGGUGUCACUGCUUGCAGUUUCUUUCAAUGGACAGAGUCAGGAAAUGAUGCCUCUUGCACUGUUCUGUCUUUUUUUCAUUUUAUUUCUUGUUUUUUUGAGACAGGGUCUCGCCGUGUAGUUGUGGCUGGUCUUGAACUUGUUGACAAUCCUCCUGCCUCAGGCUCCUGAGUGCUGGGAAUAUAGGUGUGCACCACCACAUCCAGCCCUUCUGUUUGUCUUUAAACCAUGACACUGUGUUUUAUAUCAUCACCACAAGGCACAUCCUUUCCCUUUGUCAUAUGUGUAAUUCCCUUCCUUGGUAGUGAAAAGCUGACUCCAUUAUCCAUAAUAUAUUUACUCCAUGUGAGAAUGCACAGCAUGGCUAAACCAUGCCUCUGUGGGAAAUAAUUUAUUUUUACUAUUUAUUUGGUACUGGGACUUGAACUCAGGACCUUGCACUUGCCAGGCAGGCAACGUGCCAUUGAGCCGGCCCUGUUUUUUGUUUUUUGAGACGGGGUCUCAUUAUGUAGUCCAGGCUGGCCUUGAACCCAUAGUGAUCCUCCUGCCUCAGCCUUCUGAGUGCUAGGGUUAUAGGUAUGCGCCACUAUACCCAGCUAGAAGGGUAUUUACUUAGUGUUCUUUUUUGUCUAUAGUUUGAAGGCAUCUAGUCAAAAUAUGGUGUUCAAAUUUACUUGCAUGUUUCUUCCCCUUCACUGUGGUUUUUCAUCUGAAUUAUUGUUCACGUAUCUUAAAUUAUGUCCUAUUUCCCUGUCCUUGUUUACUUCUCUGUGGUAUAUUAACAUGGUUUCAAAUGUCAUUACAAAAAGGUGGGCCGGGGAUUUGGCUCAGUGGUUUCGAUGCCUGCUGCGCAAGCGGAGGUAUCUGAGUUCGAUCCGGCACCAAAAAACAAACGAAAAGGUGUCAGUCUCUUCCCAUUCCUUUGAUCAUUUCCGCUCCACACCCCAUAGGUAACCAACCAGUCUUCAGACUCUUCCUCCUUCCCAUGUUUCAUUUUGUACAAAGACACACAUCUAUUUCCUUAACUCCCCUUUUUUUCCAUAAAAGGCAGCAUACUGUAUACUCUUGCAUAUGGUGUUUUUCAUUUAUGAGUAUAUUCUGGGAACCACUUGAGUUCAUAGAGCCCUUACUAUUUUUGCCAUAAUUUACAUCUGUAUUAUAUUACGUUGUAUGGAAUUACCAUUUCUCAUUUGACCACUCUUAUUUCUAACAUUCAGCCUAACUUUUGCAGUUACAAACAAGGCUGCAAUGAAUAGCUUUUGCACACAUUUUCUUUUGUUGGAAAUGCAUCUUCAGGAUACAAUCCUAAAAUGGGGCUGCUGAGUCAAAUCUAUUUUUUUCUUAGUGUUAAAUGCCUCAUCCAUAAGAGUUGUAACAUUUUAAAUUCUGAUCACAUCAGAGUUACACUAGCCUUCACUGGCACCAAAAAAACUGUUGUCAUACUUUUUUUUGUUGUUGUCAUACUUUUUAAAAUAAGCGGGUCUCAAAGAAAUAACUAACUAAAUGAGUGGGCCUCAUUGUUGUCCUUGCUGGCCUCAGCUCACCACCCUCCUGCCUCCGCCUCUCAGAACAGCUGGGACUACUGGUGCAUGCCACCGGACCUGGCUCAUAUUGACAUCUGCAGUAUGAUGAGAAAUGACAUGUAGUUUUAAUUUCAUUUUUCUGAUUAUAAUGAUACCUGUUUAUAAACAAUUGUAUGGUUCCGGUCACAAACUGAAUUGGAGGAGAACUGAAUAAAAUUUCCCCAUAUGGCCAAUAUUGAA